GUGACAUAUGGUUAUAUUUAGUAGUUGUAUGUUUCUUUGAAUUUGGUUAUAUGGUUUUGGGCCGAAAUAACAAUUUUAUGACCACAAAUUUGUUCUAGUACUGAAUUCACUCAAUCUGGUACCAGUUAACAGGUGAAUCAAUUACCGGCGUAUGAAGUCUUAGUUCUUCGACCCCCAUCUCCUUCGACUUUGAACAGCUUCCAAUCUCUUUCACCCCUGACAGAUCUUCUUCUCGAACCUUCCUCACAGGUUUAACGACAACCUUCUUUCUCUUUGCUGGCCUCGCCAUGGCUGAUACAUUCGAAGCGUACCGCUUGAUUAGGAAAAGAGUGUUGUAGAAAAAACAGAGAAAAAUCGCAUGCAAUAAAGGUGGAUUCGCCCACAGUCGCGCGUGUGCGAACGCGUGUUUUUAAAGUCUUUCUUCUUGAUUUUCAAAAGGGUCGAUUCUUAGGGAAGCAGAUUAGACUGAAGAAAAACACACCACCUCUGGCACCACAAAACUUAGUAGCUUACUUUAUUAGGAAACUUGCAGUAUAUGUUUUUGGCCAUGGCUGCCACCACCACGACAAAAUUAGCUUCAAUCUUCACAGAUUCUACUUCUUCACUUUCACUUGUACGAUUUUCAGCUCGCAGCAGAACACACUCGUUAACCUACCCGCAUAAUUGCACCCAGAAAUGCCACCAAGAAAUCAAAAUUUUUUUUACAUGCGAGUGCUCACGGAAUACUAUCAAUAUAAUAAGCCAAGUUAGAAGCUUUGGCAGCUCUGAAUCUUCCGCUCUUUUUGCUGAUGUUGAGUCGAAUCCUUACGCUGUUUCCUCAAAUGGUUCCUCUCAAUAUGGUCGCCUGCUUCCCUGCCCCUCCUGGAAUGGAGUACCCAGAGUGGAACAUUUAGUAGUUAAGGAAGGGGGACCUGUGCUUCAGUUUAUUAGUAAAUCUUUGGAUCUUCCUCCUCUGUAAGUGCUUUCUGUUUUCGGACAGAACCAUGAGAUUCUAGUGGAAGGAUUUGUUUGUGAAAUAAUUUAUGUUUCAUCUUGGAAGAUUUGUUUCAGAUCUUAUUCAUUUCGGAGCUGUUUAUUAUGCUCUGGUAUCCCCAAAGCCUCCUCCUACUGCUCCACCAGAGCAAAUAAAAACAUUUGAAGAGUAUACAACUCCAUCAGUUCUCAGAAAGAGAACUUCCAUUAAAGGGAAAAGUAUUCAAGAAGCGCAGAAAACUUUCAGGAUAACUUCUGUUAAUGAAUUUGUUGAAACCGGCACCUACAUUCGUGUUUAUGUGCACCCAAAACGCUUUCCUAGGUAAAUUUUUAUCUGUCAACAUGUUACUAUUCCAUCUUGCUGCUUUCCUUAAAUUUAAUUUUCUUAGCAUGAUCAGGUGUUAUGAAAUUGAUUGGCGAUCAAGAAUUAUCGCUGUUACUGAAUCAUAUGUGGUUCUGGACAAACCAGCUGGUACAACAGUUGGAGGAACGACAAACAACAUUGAAGAAUGCUGCGCUACAUUUGCCACUCGUGCGUUAGGAUUAGCUACUCCAUUGAUGACAACACAUCAGAUUGAUAACUGCACUGAAGGCUGUGUUGUUUUUGGUAGGACGAAAGAGUAUUGCUCAGUGUUUCAUAAAAAUGUCAGGGAGAAAAAGGUGAAAAAGCUUUAUCUUGCACUUGCUGCUGCUCCUAUGCCACUUGGAACUAUUACCCAUUACAUGAGACCAAAUAAACUGGCACCAAGGCUCAUUUCGAAAGAUUACAUUGAAGGAUGGCAUCUGUGUCAGCUUGAGGUCUUAGAGUGCAAGAAGGUUGCCUGGCCUACAAAUGAAACCGAAAGGAAACAUGGGAUUGAGAGUUGUGGGUGGCCUUCUCAAGAAUUUGCAUAUGAGUGUAGGAUCAGCCUUCUGACUGGUCGAACUCAUCAGAUUCGAGCGCAGUUGGCUUCUUGUGGUGCUCCUAUUGUGGGUGACUCGAUGUACAUGCCAGCUGCUGCAUCUGAGAUGGCAAAUCCGGGGACUAAUCCGCUACAAAAGAACAACUGGCAAAGCGCAAGCGAGGCUGAUAAAGUAAGGGCUAUCGAGGAAUGGAUAAAACUGCACGGGAAGGAACCUGCCGUUGCUAUUGGUCUUCAGGCAUGUCAGAUUUCGUGGGAUGAUGGCAUUCACUGUUACGAAGCUGGAUCGCCUUGGUGGAGGUAAGAUAAUGCCUGCCUAUCAAAGUUUAGAGAAGUUUCAGGGCGUUGACAAAUAGUAGGGGAUGAAUUUUGUUCGGAUGAGGUAUGACAUGUUCGUUAUGGAAUGUGGAUUCAGGACAAGAAGUGCCUUCCUUGAUAAUUUGAGUGAUUAUUUUUCCAAAUAUUGUGGAAUCCAUAGGAUACACCAGUAAUGUUGAGGAUUCUCAUACAUGAUGAUGAUGUUGAUUUUGGAGGCUACUGCAUUUAAAUCAUGAAUUUAAGUUAUGACUCAAAAGUAAAAAGAACCUCGCCACCGGUUCCGAGACUUCCCUGGAUUCUGUUUCUUCUCUGCUUAUUGUUCCAUCUCUACAUAAGAAUCAUAUUUCACUAUAUGGUUGUAUUUCAUCUCUACGGAUUUAAAGAGAAGUUCAAUAACUGUAUACUAAAAUUACUCUUUCAUUUAAACAAAGACAAAACUAUUUUUCA